GCGGGCGGGCUCGCUUGCUGGCUGACUGACGGUCAUGUGUAGUCCACGCGUCGUCGAAAGUAGGUUAGCGCCAACCGCGGAGGAGGAAAGAAGGAGCUGCCAGUCCACGCGUGGGUCAGCCGCUUCGUGUGAACCACAACACUGUGUUCCCCGGGGAAGAAAGACCGCGUAGAGACUUGAACUCAUCGCGAAUUGACGACGUCUUUAUCAAGGACGAGUUUUUUUUUUGACGAAAAGGCUCCGGUGAGCCGUUUCAGGAGUUGCUGUUUUGACAGCUCGGGGCUUGAAAGUUCCGUUCUUGACAUUGCAUUUUUUCUCCAAGACGAGUUGCAUGACUCCAAAAGUCGACUCGACAUGAGAGCUCAAAUAGAAGUGAUACCCUGCAAAAUCUGCGGGGACAAAUCCUCAGGAAUCCACUACGGUGUCAUCACCUGUGAAGGAUGCAAGGGCUUCUUUCGACGCAGCCAGCAGAACAAUGCCAUCUAUUCAUGCUCGCGACAGAGAAACUGCCUGAUUGAUCGGACCAAUCGCAACCGCUGUCAGCACUGCCGACUGCAGAAGUGUCUUGCUUUGGGCAUGAGUCGUGACGCGGUCAAGUUCGGCCGCAUGUCCAAGAAGCAGCGCGACAGCCUGUACGCAGAGGUCCAGAAGCACCAGCAGUCCCAGGAGUGUGCCGGCCUGGCGGCCCGGGAAGAUAACAACAACCUCGGCGACCACGGACGCACUUACAGAAGAGUGUCCAGCACCACGCUCAGCGACCUGGAGGACUUCACCACGCUGCCCGAUGGUCUUCUCUUCAACCUGCCGUUGACGCCCGAAGACGGAGGCGGCGAGUACGGCAACCUGGACAUGUUCGCCGGCAGCGCGGGUAGUGGCUCGUCUUCUCAGAGUUCUCCGGAACAGACCAACUUGGACUUUGCGGAGGCCAACCACAGCAUCAAGCACGAGUACCAGCUGUUGCACGACUCUGGGCUCUUUUCGCACGCCAUCCUCAACCCACUGCCCGAAGGAUGCUCACUGCUUGAACUCGAACACAUAACUCAGUGUGUGGUGAAGUCCCAUAUAGAGACGAGCCAGUAUAGUACAGAGGAGUUGAAGAGAAUGGUGUGGUCCACAUAUAGCAUGGAAGAGACACGAAUGUACCAAACUAAGUCAGCUGAGGUGAUGUGGCAACAGUGUGCCGUUCACAUUACCAACGCCAUCCAGUACGUGGUGGAGUUUGCCAAGCGCAUCUCUGGCUUUAUGGACUUGUGUCAGAAUGACCAGAUUAUCCUCCUCAAAGCAGGCUGUAUGGACGUCCUUUUAAUCAGAAUGUGUCGAGCGUACAACCCCAUCAAUAACACAUUCCUGUUUGAUGGAAGGUUCGCUCCUGCUCACUUCUUUAAAGCACUUGGGUGUGAUGACCUUGUGACGGCUGUGUUCGACUUGGCCAAAAGCUUUAGUCGUAUCCAGAUGUCCGAGGAGGAAAUGGCACUUUUUACGGCCGCUGUGCUGCUCUCACCAGACCGACCCUGGUUGACAGAUGUACAACAGAUCCAGAAGCUUCAGGAGAAGGUCUAUGUCGCCCUCCAGCGUUGCUUACAAAAAGGCGGGGCAUCAGAGGAGAAACUCGCAAAGAUGGUGUCCAAGCUUCCCAUCAUGAAGUCCAUUUGCAAACUCCACAUCGACAAACUGGAGUUCUUCCGUCUCGUCCAUCCCGAGACGGCGUACACCUUCCCGCCGCUGUACCGUGAGGUGUUUGGCAGCGAAAUCACGUUUCCAGACUCAACAGAGGGCUAAGCAGUGUCGUGCAUUUAAUUUUUUUUUUUUGUAAUAUUUAACGGUGAUUGUGUGAGGCAAAAAGAGAGAGAGUUAUUAAUGUGGCAACAAAUUGAGGCGAAAGGCAAAGCCGCCGCUCAAUGACAAUCCUGCACGCUACACUUUAGAACACACUCCUCUCACUUCGGAACUCCCGACCGACCCACACCGCCGACCCUCCCGCGCCAUGCCCGAGGGUGGCUCGGCGCCCCGUUUUGGAGGGAGAAAGGAUUAAAGAGUGGCCUAGACGAUUUGUAUUAUCCAAAUUAUUUUUCUAUUAAGUCCUUAAGAAGAUGUUUCUACUACAGUUCUCAAAGUUGAAUGUAACCUCGCGGCCCACCCGGUUCCGUGUCCCUUAAAGCGCUUCAGCACCGCCUCAAGGCCUGAUUCCGAAUGUACAUAUCCUCACUUACCUCGCAGAUUUAUUUUCGUCCGUUUCAGUCGUCACUUAGGUAGCGAUCAACCACUUUUCGCCUUUUCGCAGGUUUUUGGGCGUUUGGACAAAGCGCUUAAAGGGACCAUGAUCAAACUAGCUAUUCUUUUCCCUUUCGUGCAGAUAUUUAUUAAAUUUUUAGUUUUUUUACUAGUAAACCCUCAGACACUGAUGUAAACAGGCUCUUUUUGAAGCUAUCAGUACCUCAGUCCCAUGUGCCCUUUUUCCCUUUUGCAUAAGCCACUUAGAGAAGAGUCACAAAGAUUGUGAACCUAUUUUUCACGUUUCAUUUGAUAUAAAAAUGCCCGACAGGUAAAACUGAGCAGAACAGUACUCGCCUUUAUGCGUUAGUAUUACAUCCACAGCUGUGAUUGGAGGCAAAGGAUGAAGAGUGGACAGAUGGGUUGCCGGUUUAUUUAAGCUCCUUAGUCGUCGCUUAGCAGGGAUUUAUUAUAUGCGCCAACUCUCACUACAGCCGAACCUCACUCCAAAGUCCAGACUUUCACUUGGUACAGAUUUGCAAACCUGUUACCAUAACAGUAAGAGCUAGCUAAACGGCUAGCUUCUACUCCAGAGCAAAAGCUAACAUUCGUGCAGAUUUGCAGCGCAGUUCCACCCAGCAGUCUACUUUUCAUAUGUUCAUAAAAAGCUAACAUUCUUAAAUAUUAGCAAGCCUAUUACCCGUGAAGCUAUGGAAACAGUUUCGCAUAAGAAAACGCUAACGUUAGUACAGAUUUGCAACUAUGUUUCCCUAGCAGUUAUAGUUAUCUUCUGCUCCCAGGAAAAAGCUAACAUUGGUACAGAUUUGCAAACCUGUUACCCUAGCAGGAACAGCUAGCUAAAAGGCUAGCUUCUACUCCUGAGCAAAAGCUAACAUUCGUGCAGGUUAUCAACCCAGUUACCCUCGCAGUAACAACAUUUUGUUUCUAAUUCUCAGCAAAUGCUAACCUUAGCACAGAUUUGCAACUAUGUUAACCUAGCAGUUAUAGCUAUCUUCUACUACUAAGACAGAGCUAACAUUGGUAACAUUUUUGUAAACCUGUUACCAUAGAAGUAACAGCUUGCUAAACUGCUAGCUUCUACUCCUGAGCAAACGCUAACAUUCGUGUAGAUUUGCAACCCAGUUCCACCUAUCAGUAACAGCUAGCUCAACAUUUAUCUUCUAAUGCUCAGCAAAAGCUAACUUUAGUACAGUUUUGCAACUAUGUAACAGUUAUGGCUAUCUUCUGCUCCGAAGAAAAAACUAACAUUCGUGCAGAUUUGCAACCCAGUUAACCUAGCACUAACAGCUACCUCAGUAUUUAGUUUCCAUUCCUAAGAAAACGCUAAUAUUGGUACAGAUUUGCAAACCUGUUACCCUUGCAGUAGAAGAUGGCUAAACGGCUAGCUUCUACUCCUGAGCAAAAGCUAACAUUCGUGCAGAUUUGGGACCCAAUUGCCCUAGCAGUAACAGCUAGCUCAACAUUUAGCUUCUACUCCACAGCAAAAGCUAACAUUAAUACGGAUUUGCAACUAUGUUACCCUAGCAAUAACAGCUCAACAUUUAGCUUCUACUCCUCAGCAAAAGAUAACA